UAAGGGGAUCUUGUAGUUGAUAUGUGUCAAUUGAGCUACGGUGACCAGUGUUGUAGUAUACAACUAUAUAAAAUCAUAUAUAGACCAGUUCAGCAAACAAAAAAUAAAUGGCGUCACUGGAGGCACUUCGUGGGAGAUUGCAGAUGGAUAUCGACCUGAAAUCGAGUGCCACCGAGUUCUAUAAUUUGUGGAGGAAGGAGUCGCACAAGGUUCCCACAGCUACGCCUCAAAACAUUCAGACAGUCGCACUUCAUGAAGGUGACUGGCACACCCAUGGAGCAAUCAAGAUCUGGAACUACACCAUGGAUGGAAAACCAGAGGUGUUCAAGGAGAAGGUGGGGUUUGAUGAUGCCAACAUGACUAUUACGGUCCACGGCCUCGAGGGAGAUCUAUUCAAACAUUACAAGGUCUACUGGGCUGCAUUGAAAAUUGUCCCUAAGAACAAGGGCUCUGUGGCGAAGAUAUCAUUAGAGUAUGAAAGAGUGAACGAGGAUGCGCCGAUUCCGAACAAGUACAUGGACUUCCUGGUUAGCAUGACUGAGGAUAUCGAUGCCCAUCUCAGUACUGCAUCGAAAUGAUAGGACGUUGUACUAUCAAUGUAUUGUGUUUUACGACGUUUCCCUAAGUACUUUGGUGGUACUGUGUAUGAAAUAACUGAAAGCUCUCUAUAGCAGCUUUCUACUCUGUCGCAUGAAUAAAAACUGAAUGAUAUAUGCGCUCCGCGCUUUACCUUUGUUUUGGUA